AUGGCCAGAUCUACCGAUCCAGAAGCUGCCAAAGACCCUGCCUCAAGCUACGAAGCCCUUCAUACUGCCAACGGCGAUCAACACAACCGCUCAUCCGACUCUGAUCAGACAUCCGUUGUUUCCUGGGACGGACCCUCAGACCCUGCAAACCCCUUCAACUGGCCGACCUCACGGAAAUGGCUCAUCACGCUAACGACGUGUUUUAUCACGUUAAUUGUCGGCAUUAACGCCACGGCGAUUGCCAGCGCGGCCGAGGAAAUCAACCACGAGUUUGGGGUCAGCGAUGAGCAUUUCCCGCAUUCGUACUGGCCGGUUUGCAGCUGGAAUGUCGGCGCUGCGUUGGUGCCGUUGGUGGCUUUGCCGUUGAUGGAGAAUUUUGGGGUUAGGACUGGAUACUUGGCUUCUUACUUUGUCUUCAUCAUACUUUGUCUUCCGCAGGCUUUUGCAAAGAACUUUGCGACUUUGAUCGUCACUCGUUUCUUUACCGGCGGCGCUGCCAGCAUCCUCGAGAACAUUACCGGUGGGAUAGUCUCCGACAUCUGGCAAGGUGGAAAAGCUCGGAGCUUGCCGGUUAACCUCUACAUCUGGGCCUUGCUUGCAGGCGUGACAGUCGGUCCAGUCAUCGGCGGAGGCAUAAUUCAUCACCUCGAAUGGCGAUGGAUCUUCUACAUUCAACUAAUUCUUUAUGCAGUUUUCUUCCCACCCCUCUUCCUUAUCAUCCGCGAGCCUCGCGGCCCCAUCAUCCUGAAGAAGCGCGCCAAGCACAUGCGCCAGGAGACCGGCAAAAACAUGCACACGCGUGCCGAAAAAGACGCACCCAGCCUCCCCCAUCUGAUCCGCGAGUCCGUGAUCCGGCCGCUCCACAUGCUCACGACGGAAUACGUCGUCUUCACCUUCACGCUCUGGUCCGCUUUCGCCUUCGGCACCGUCUUCCUCUUCACGCAGUCCAUCACCCAGGUCUACACCGCGCUCUACGCCUGGCCGCCGUUCCUAACCGGCACCGUGCAGUCUGCCGUCGUUAUCGGUCAGACAGUGGGUCUCGUCGUUUCACUCUACCAGAACAGGCUCUACGAUGCUUCUGCAAAACGUAACGACGAGACGCCCGGUAAGCCAAUCCCCGAAGUGCGCCUCUACCUCGCCAUCCCAGGCAGCUUCCUCGGCCUCACGGCAGGCUUCUUCUGGUUCGGCUGGACGAGCUACGCAGACCUGCCGUGGAUCCUCUCGGCCAUCGGGCUGGGCCUCGUCGGCUUUGGGAUCUUCACCGUCGUGGCCGCUGUGAGCAACUACAUCACGGAUGCGUACGCGAAAUAUGCCGCGUCGGGCCUCGCGGCGAUUGCAUUCGGCGAGAAUAUCUUCGCGGCGUUUAUGCCACUGGCGAGUAAAGCGCUGUAUACGGCUUUGGGGCUCCAGUGGGCGAGUAGUGUGCUGGGGUUCUUGGCGCUGGUGUUGAGUUUUGCGCCGGUCGUGUUGAUGGUGUGGGGGCCGCAGAUUAGGAAGAGGAGCCCGUUCAUGAGGGAGGCGGGGCAGGACUAG